CUUUCGAUAGUCUACUGAGUUUUCCUCCUCUCGUGUCUAUCCUGUCGCAACAACUUGUUGUCAUAUUUUACAAAACUCAUUGUGUUGACAGUGUUAAGAUGAUAUUAACAUUUCUCCUGUUGUCGGGUUUCAUUCUACACGCGAGCAGCCAGUUUGCUUGUCCCGCGGGAUGGACCAAACACGCUGAGUUCUGUUACUUGAUGAUCACCACGACUAAAUUGACUUGGUCCGAGGCCGAUGGUCGCUGCCGAGCGGCUGGCGGUGAAUUGGCCCUGCCCGUAACGAGGGAAGAGAUACGUUUUCUUUGGACCAUGUUCCGGGCGCAAAAUCUGAGCGAGUCCGAGCUUCAACCCUCCGGGGGGAUCUGGCUGGGCUGUCGGCGGACCGCCGCCAGACUGUGGGGCUGCUCAAAUACCCCCACGCUAGAUUUCGCAUGGUGGUUGGGCGGUCAGCCUGACGGUGGCGACUGUGUGGUGAUGUGGCACCACGGGCCCAGGUGGUCUGAUGCCGAAUGCGAGACGGCGAGGUUCGCCGCGUGCCAGCGGCGAGGCCGGGUGGGCCGGUGCCAUCAGCGGGGCGGCCUGGGGCACCAGAUCCACGGCUGCCUGCUGAACCACGUCUUGAGAGAAGUCCAAGUCAGAGACCCCGCCAUGUGCUGUAUCAAGUGCGUCGACGAUCCACGAUGCCACUCCUUCAACCUCGUUGAGAGUACAUGCCAACUCAACACAGCCCAGCGCUCUGACGUCAACUUCAAUGGAGAGACUGCAACCAACGACACUUGCGUUUAUUACGAGAUCGACUAG